GGCCACGAGUUCCCUAUCGACGCCGUGAGCGAUGCAAUACCACUCAACGACAACACGUUCCUGGAGAAGAAACCCAAACGCAGAGAUUCGUUCGAUGAGAAUGAGCAACAGUACAUGCUACGCACGCUGCUGCAGUCCAAGGACCCCGAUGAUUUGGCGGCCGCCAAUGCCCUGAUUAAGGUGAGUGAAGGCCUUAAUUGA